CCCGCCGGACCCACCGCAGCCGCUGCCGGAGAGCUCUGAUGCCAGCAGGGCCGCAGCCGCCGCGCCCCGAGCCAUGCGGUGACAGCGCCGAGGCCGCAGCGCCCCGCAGCCAUGGCCCAGUCCCGGGCCAACGGCUCCCACUACGCCCUGACGGCCAUCGGGCUGGGCAUGCUGGUGCUGGGCAUCAUCAUGGCCGUGUGGAACCUGGUGCCCGGCUUCGGGCCCCCCGACAAACCCGGCGGCAACAGCAGCAAACCCGAGCGCGGCUCCGGCGGCGUCCUCAGGAGCAAAACCUUCUCGGUGGCCUACGUGCUGGUGGGCGCGGGGCUGCUGCUGCUGCUGCUCUCGCUGUGCCUCAGCGUGCGCGACAGGAAGCGCCAGAGCCAGGAGCUCCCCGUCGGCCACGUGCAGCGCCAGGCGUCCACGGAGCCCUCGCAGCAGGAGGACAGCCAAGAAGAGGAUGAAGACGUCUCCUCGCAAUACUACGUGCCCAGCUACGAGGAGGUGAUGAACACGGGCUACUCGGAGCCCCGAGACUCGGACAGGAGCGCCAGGCUCAGCGUGUCCCUGCCCUCGUACGAGUCGCUGGCGGGGCUGGAGGAGGGCGGGGCGGCGCCGGGGGCGGCGGGCGCGGAGCCCGGCCCGGAGCGGCCGCCCAGCCGCCACAGCUCCCGCCUCAGCAAGCGCCUCAAGCCCCUCAAGGUGCGCAGGAUCAAGUCCGAGAAGCUGCACCUCAAGGACAUCCGGCUCAACCUGGCACAGGGCAACAGCAGCGUCCCCAUCACCAUUGAGCCCCUCACCCCUCCGCCCAAGUAUGAGGAGAUCCAGGAGAAAAUGCCAGUGGGCCAGCAAAUGCCUUAAAAAAAAAUAGAGGAAUCUGUGAUGCUGCUUGGUUGAGGGUUUUUUAAAACCCACCGUGCCCAGAGGGGGUUGGUGUGUGGGGGCAGCAGCAGCCAGGGCUGCCUGGAAGCUGCCACGUGCAGGACGUGCUGUGGCACAAGGAUGGGACUCCUUUUCCCUGGGACUGUGGGGAAAGAAACCUGAACACCACAAUUCUGCUGCUGUGAAGUAAAUGAAGGCUGGACAUGCCAAAAGUGUCACUUGUGGUGUUUGAAAUGAGACCACCCAGUGCAUCCCUCAUCUCCUCUCCCCCUCUCUUCCUGCAAGACUUUUCCAAGCCACCAAACUGAUGUUGCAGAAGGAUUUUCCAAGUGGAAAAGUGAAAUGUUUCCUUUUUUGGAUGUCUUUUCUUUCUGAGGAAGGGGAAGCACAUUGCCAGAGAAGCACCAGGGCUCUCCCUGGCUCCCAGCUGGGCUGGGCUGGUGGCCCAGGGCCAGCCCUGACUCCUGCCAAGGUCUCUGCUGGGGAGCAGCUGAAAGGGGAGAGGAUGGAUCCCUGAAAGGGGAGAGGAUGGAUCUCUGAAAGGGGAGAGGAUGGGAAUGGAUCUCUGGAAGGGGACAGGAUGGAUCUCUGGAAGGGGACAGGAUGGAUCUCCUGCCUUGCUGCUUGCCCUGCUGUGUCCUGUGCUCCAUUCGAGGCAGGGGGUGACUCUGGGGGGCUGGGAGUGCCAGAGCCAGGGCUGGAACCACUGCUGAGCAUCCUGUGCAGGCAGCCUGGU